ACCCAACACUACACUGGCCUCGAGGAAGUAGCCAGGGAAAGUGAUCUCUUAUUCCUUGGACUUUCUUACACCCUCGAGAAAGUAGCCAGGGAAAGUGACCUCCUAUCCUUCGGCUUCUCCUACACCCACAGGGAAAGAACCCAGGGGAAAGUGACUCCUGCUCCCCCGGCCAGAGGAAGUUACUUCAGAAAGUGCCUUGGAAAGUGAGUUCGACCGUUGGUAUGAUGGACUGUUGGGAAGUGCCUUAAGAAAGCGAGUCAGAAAGUGUGGGCAGAAAGUGAAAGUGUGACGUUGGACAAGGCACGUGAGGUCCCCAGCACCAUCAUGAAUCACUCACUCCGUCGUCUAUGAGUGGCCCUGGCCCUCUUCCCUGGACGACUAUGAAUCAUUUCUGAGAUCUUCUUGCAUCAUUAUGUACUGUGUAUAAGGUCUGUUGCACCGUGAAGCACCGCAUUCGAGGCUGUGUUGUGCUCCAGCUUGUUGUAGGAUUAACUCUGCAUUUCCUAUUCAACAAAGAGGGGACAACUGCAUCGUGUGAAUCAUGUAAGGGAUCCUAGUGUUUACCAUUAUAGGGGUGUCCCUGGACCUCAGUGAGUGACCCCCGUAAUUCCUCGACCCUAUACGAAUACCCUCAGAAGAGACCCACCGAGCACCCGGCAGGAGCGCCGGCUUUCUGUACCCUCCACCGAGCUCGACGAAGCACACGUGAAGCUUCUCCCUCAGCUGGACCUAACCCAUCCAAUAUAUUACAUCAGCGUUACCGUCCUAGAGCUUGUCACUAUCCAGCCUCGUAGUUCACGCCACAACACCGACCAGACGACAACAUGAACCAAGUGACUCCGAGUGUGACAACAACCUCUUAGGAUUCUGAUUUCCUCUAUACUAUACCUCUUGGGAUCCUCGUCUUUCUCCAAGGAUCCCUCCCCCCUCCGGCCCCAACGGCUGGCUUUUGUAGGAUCUCCACAAUCUUCUAAGAGUCCCACGAACGUCUGGGACCUCCUAUGAUCUCCACGACAUCAAGGACCUCCAAAGGACCCCAUGAUGGAUGCUCUGUUGCCCCAACUGGAAGAGUCGUGGGUGAGACAGACGGUGGGUGGUGGUGACGGUGGCAGUGAGACGGACUCUGGGUAUGACCCCCUCUCCCCCCUCCACCUAGGUGACCUGCCGCCCACGCCUCCGCCUCCAUCACGCCCACAGUACUCACCUGGUUCACCCCACGAUCUGAUUCACCAUGCCUCCUCCCCCACCUGUGACCUGCCUACCUCUGACGGCCUCGACCUGGAGUCUCUCGACCUCGCUGCCCUCGACAGUUUGGAUUACUUGUUCCCUGAGCCGCCCACGCCACCCACACCGUCCACGCCCCUCCAAAUGCCGCCCCUCAUCGGUCCUCUGGUCUCCCCAAAGGAUGAGAACCUUGGUCUGCUGGAUGGUGUUUCUCUUCUACCAGGGCUGGACAGCCUCCCCUCCUUAAUGGAGCCCGCGCCCUCCCACGCCCCUCUGAACGGCCCAGUGCACCCUCAUGUCUCUGACUUUCCCUCUUGCGAUGACUUCCAGGCUUUAAAUGACUUCUCGAAGGCAACGACGCUGGUGAGGAUGGGAGGAUCGCCCAGCAACCCACCACCACUAGAACUGAUGAGACAUGGGAACGUCCUCUCACCUGGCAGCAUGGACCUCUCCCUGGCCUCGGCCGACCUGCCCACGCUGGAUGUGUCCCUCUCAGCCAUGGAUACCUGCCCACCUUUCAGCAUCGACUUGCCGGCGGACAUGACGUGGGCGGCGCCACGGGGGGAGGAGGUGGGAGGCGGGGGGCUAUUCUCUCAACUGCUGGAAGACGAAGUAGAGGAGCCUCCCAGGGUGGUGAACGUCUACCUUACUGGCCACGACUACACCAACAAGAUCGAGGGCGUUCAUCGACCGCCGAUUUCGCAUUGUCCUCCCCCACGCCCAAUGACCUCUCUGCUGGGUGGCCGUUUGGGGCCCCAGACCAUUCAUCUACAGCCGAGAGAGCCUCCCCCGCCCCGCCCAGACCCACCCCGAGACGAUGAACGGGUGUUCCAGUGCACGUACGCGGGGUGCGGCAAGGUGUACGCCAAGUCUUCACACCUGAAGGCCCACCUGAGGCGCCACACGGGGGAAAAGCCCUUCGUGUGUACGUGGCCAGGAUGCUCUUGGAGGUUCUCACGUUCAGAUGAGUUGGCAAGGCACCGGCGCUCACACUCGGGCGUCAAGCCUUACCGCUGCCAUGUAUGUGACAAGAGGUUCUCCCGCUCUGAUCACCUGGCCAAACACCACAAGGUUCACCGCCGAGAUCGAGUGCUGGCGCUCUACACUCCGGGACUUUCCAACGCUCUGCCCGGCCGCCGACCCCGAGGUCCUCCGCCCGGCCAGCCGCCCAACCAUGCCGCCCAGGGCCGACCACACGCGUCCACCCACACCCAUAUCACCGCCCACCAGCCCUUGCCGCCCGUAGUCCACACAGUAGAAUUCCGCAGUGCCAGGCCAAUACGAGUUUGCCAGUGAGCCUAACAUACACUGACAGACACUUCCUCAUACACCGUACAGUACUACUGUGCAGGUCGUCCUUACCUCACGUGGUGCUUAAGUUUGUUCUGGUAAUACUUAGCAAGUUGCUUGUACAGUUUCUGGUAAUUUGUCAGCUAUUUUUAUAUUCAUAUUACUGUAUUUUCGGUUCACAACUGAAUGGCGACCCACCGGUGUCAACCAGUGAAAGCAGACUGUCUUCUGUCUUCUGAGUUGUGACGUCAUAACUGCCUCAUUCGCAAGUGAAACAACUGAAAGUUUAAAUCAGCUUAAAAUAUAUAUGGCAUUCGACUAAUGUUUAUAAAAUCGUGAAAACCACUCAUGAAACUUGUCUGUAAUUACACUUGUACAUUAUAGUGAAGAAAAUGCAUAAUGGAACAAAUAAAGAGUAAUAAUGAGCCAUAAUAAUGUAUUGUGUACACGGAACAAUGUAAAGUGUAUAAGUGAACAGGAGAGACAUUUAAAUGAUGGUGUCUGCUGUUAGGAACUACAGAUAAGAAUAAGAUAUACAAUUUAAGAAGGAAUCUGCUUACAGGAAAUACAAACGGAAAAACACUUUAUGAAUGGUUAUUAUAGAAGGAAAAUACGCAAAAUGUGUUUAUACUCAGAUCAAAUGGUGAUGAACAAUGUCUGUGACAACAGGAAUUUUGUAGUUUUCAUAUACGAAAACGUGAAAUAAAUCCUCAAAGGCUGGAACGGUGAAUAUUCCUCAAAAGUGAAAAUGCAAGAAUGGCAUAAUGUUACAUUAAUGUAGGCUAUACAGUAACACAAAUUUUGCAAACGUGGUUGUCACAUUUUUUAGGUCAUUUAUUGACAUUAACAAAGGAAACCCCGGCUGGCAUCUACAAUAAACCGGACAUAUUACAGCAUACUUUAUAAUUUCAUACUAGGCUGAGACCGUCCAGCCGGUGGCGGGUGAAUGACCGCAAAUCCCAGCAAAUUAUAAAAAAAGGCUUUGACACUUAUCACUCUGUCAAUGGCUAUAUUGACUCCUUUACCGGCCUAUAUAAACAUCUAUUUAUUUUUGUUUAUUGCCUUUAUAGCAUGUUGAGUGGUGUGUGGCAGGUUUCAAUGUGGGAACUACUGAAGUCACGCCCCAGCACCAAAGACGUAUACGUAGUUGUUUUAUAUUUUAAGGAAAGUACUAACAAUGACGUUGGGAUGAAAACAAGGUUGGAGUAAGCCUUAAGUCAGCCAGGUGCAGUCUUACAUUUUCAAUUCCGAGGAACAUUCACCGUACAAACCCUUGAGAUAUAGUAAUGGAUGCUAGGUCAAACAGGAAUUUAAAGUGGCCUUGUUUUCUAUACAUAACUUUAAGAAUAACUUAUUUUUUAAGUCCAUUGCAUUCCUAUACAAAUUAAAACUUCCAGAAAUUCCCGGACAGUGGUUGUUGGAAGACUAUGGUAGGCUUGUUACUAUUUUUGUACAUAUCCAACAAUACAACUGAGAUUAGCAACUUUGGUAAAAUAAAAAAGUAAUUGUCUUUGUAAAUAUGCUUCAUGUUUAAGUUAAGUUCAAUAUAUAUAUGUGUGUUAUAAUGCAUUAAGGUAUAUUUAGUUUUGAAAACAAAACUUUAGCAGCCGAGGCCAAAGAUUAUCCUAAGUCGUGGCCAAGACCUGCAUUGAAACACUAUGUAAGUUGAAGUACCCGCGAUAAUUGCCCUCGUAUAUUACUACUACAGUAUAAUAAUAAAAAAAAAUAAUUGCUUCUUUCUAUGAAAUUCGCGCAAAUACACUGCCUGUUGGGAAAACUUGUUGCAGUGCCUAGCAAAUGUUCUUGUAUUUGAUAACUUACAUUCUUGUUUUAGUAGUCGAUCCUGAGUAAAUUUUUGUACUGUAUUUAUUUUGAAAAUUCUGUAUCUAUUUUAACUCUCGUUAACUUUCGCACUUAACCGUAACUGAGCCGUUUCUGGCUGCGUUAGUCAGUCCCAGUACGUACUCUUUUCUUUUCCGCUAUAUCAUCCCAAAAUAUAGCUCCCUGACAGUAAUGAUAAUAAUAAUUCACUUCUACAACCCUUUGAUUCGAUUCUCGUAUAAAUCGGAUGAAAUCAGUGCGACUCCUGAACGCAACAAGUUUUCUCCCGGUACUGUUGCACUAGACCCACGAGGAUGGUGGCCAUCCUCGUCAGAGAUAAAUAAAGCUUUCGAUAAAUUGCAAUUGCAUCGGUUUCCAGUUUGCCACUUUCCAGGUGUAUGUCAGUAUGACAUGCAAGUGUAGUUUCAUUAUUUUAACAGGAUAAUUGUCGUCACUCCCUUACACGGUGUCAAAGUCAUGGUUCUGGGAGGUAGACAUCCCGCCACUUCGGUCAUGUUUGUUUCUGCAUCUUGUGAUAAAUUAUCAUUCAUCUAUCAUGUUGUCAGCACUUACAUAAUGACCCAAUACUCAUUAAAUACUGAACAGUAUGAUCUAUGGCUGCAAUGUUUCCACUGUUGUCAUGUGUAAAUCACAUUAUCGUCCGUGCUGUACACGUGUUGUCAUGAUCAUCUUCGCUGCUUGGCCUAGGUCGGCCAGUCGACCCAGUUAUAAUACCGAUCAUGUGUGUCGAGGAACAAACAUAACAGCAUCACAAUGUAUAACUUUCAUUAUACUGUAUGUAUUUUAUGAUUGUCGGGUUUUUAACAUUUCCGGUUUUAUAAGUUUUAAUUAUUAUUUGCAAUGAAGUAAAAUUUACACUACAGGCAUUAUACACACACACACACACACACACACACAUAUAUAUAUAUAUAUAUAUAUAUAUAUAUAUAUAUAUAUAUAUAUAUAUAUAUAUAUAUAUAUAUAUAUAUAUAUAUAUAUAUAUAUAUAUAUAUAUAUAUAUAUAUAUAUAUAUAUAGUGUUCUUACAAGUCAACCAAUCCCUAUUGCAUCUCAGUAAAUAUAAAAUGAUUGAUUAACAUAUCUUAUAUGAAUUAAUGCUGGAAUAAAUGAUUUUGCUUCAACACAUGAAAACUUUUUUUUCUGUUUUUAUUAAUUCAUGAUGCCCCGGGGCAGUAAUUACUUCUUGAGCUUUGGAUGUAAACUGGUCUCCAAUUGUCAAAUACUCACAACAGACAGGAACAAUAUGCGUCUAUCUCAAAUUUUAUUUUCUUUCCCACUCGUCAUGUUUUGGCUGUGUCUCGUCCCUUAAUGGUUACUUAAUGAGCCAACAAGAAGCAAUCAUUUUACGAAUGGAUACAUGCUGUUUAUGUACACUGCAGUACUGUAUAUGACAACUUGGGACCAGUUUCGUUUGUAUGCUAAACAUGUUAAUUAAGUAAGCAAACUCUUCAGAGUUAAUUGAACAAUUAAGUUCUUUCUUUUAAGUUGAUCUUUACUGUUGUUUAAGAUUUAGGUAUUAGUUGUUAAGUUUCUGUUGUGGACCAAACAGACAGAGCUGGUUAAAGAUCUGAUGUGAUUUACUUUGAAAACUCAGGGAGCUGGGUACUCAUCCUCCUAAUGUAAAGUUUUUCUUUGUUUAAACUAAUAUGGUGUCACUGUAAACAGACGAAUAAUUGUCAAUGAUGUGUUAAUGAUGUGUAAUACGUAAAUUGUUAAUGACAAGUGUGUAUAAACAUGUAGCGGGUGAUCACAAUGCGAGGGUGGUACCGUUGCAUGACUGUGGCAGUGCGUUUAUUUUUAUGUAUUCUAACAUUUAUAAGAUGAAAACUUUAGAAUAAGUACUUAAUUAUAUUUAGUACAACUUAAAAUCAUGCUGCGUUUGAAUUAAGGUGUGGGCCGAGUGCUCAAGUGUGAGUGAAUCUUACACGGAGACAGUGUGGCAACUUGCUCAAGUAAAGUUUGCAGUUAAUCUUUAUUCCAAACUUCUGUUUGCUUAUGAGGAUUUUUGGCUUUUGUAUUAAGAGUUGGUAGAGUCUGGGCCAAGAUUCUCAAAGAUUCAUUUGGUAAUUACCGGUACUUUCCCCCUAAGUAAAGAUGUGACAUAUUACCGACUCACUUUAAGUUAUGACCCAAACAUUACAGCUGGUAUGAUGGCAAAAUUUGCCUCUUUAUUUUGUAUAUUUUCCCUUCCUUGUAGACUAUAAAAUUUUUACCUAAAAAUCUUUGAGAAUUAGGAACCGCUCAUAUAGGUUAAAACUAGAACUAGUUUUCCCUCUAGCAUUAGCCUAACAGUGUUUCAUUCCAUGUGCUCAAAAUAUUAUUGGUAUUCUGUUCAAAUCCCUUUUCCAAAUCGUUUUUUUCUUAAGAAAAUCUUCCAAGUGCAAUUAAAAAAUGUUUUCUGCAUAAUACAUAAUGAAUAUAUUUUCUUAUUUUACGUUCCCCUGAAAUUAAAAAGAAUAUUAUAUCACAUUCUCCAUUAAAUAUCCAAUGACAAAAAAAAAAAAAAAAUCACAAUUAGUUAAGCAUGUUGUGUUGUAAGUUCUGUGACCGUCAAGUUUUUAAAAAUUGUUUCUUGUAUUUUUUACCCAAGUCUCCAUACAAACACAUUCCCGAGAGGUAAAUUGUAUCAGUAAAUGUAAAAACUUCUGGUAACAAAUAUGUGAUAGACCUGUACAUAGUUUGUGAGAAUAAAUGCUGCAACCUUGA